AGUCCCGGCGCUGCAGAGACGGGGGACGGCCGCCGGCGCCCAGCAGCGGGGCCCUCCGGUCGUCGCCCUCCAUAGUAUCCGCGUCGGCGGGUCCAGCUACCUGAAUUACCUCGUUCGUGCACAGCGGACAGCAGCGUCAACCAGGAGUUUCGCCAGCAACCUUACGCGGAUACGCUUCGUAGCUAACAUCGAUACGAUCCCUCCGUUCCAUCUCGUCCGUCAAUUCCACGCAUCCCCUUCUCCCCCGAACUCCGGGACUCAAACCCCACCUCUCCCCGUCGACGAACGCCGCCGGCAAGGCAUCGCCGAUGACCACCUCCGGUGCGCCCACGAGACCACGCUUCAAGCGCUCCUCCCCCAGGAAGAAGUCGCAGCUAAGGAGCCGCCGCCUCGCCGCCGGAGAGGCCGAGGCUGCUGGGGGCCCGGCGUUGGCGAGAGCGCCGCUUCCCUCACCGCUGGAGGUGGACGCGGUGCCGCGUAUUGGGCACGCAUUGCCGCGAGAGUUCUUCGAGGUGGAUGCCCUCGACCUCGCCCCCCGCCUCCUCGGCAAGCUCCUGCGCCGCGACGAAGUCAUCCUUCGCAUCACCGAGGUGGAGGCCUACAGGCCAAAUGAUUCCGCAUGCCAUGGCCGGUUCGGCAUCACGGCGAGAACUGCUCCAGUGUUUGGACCGGGAGGCCAUGCAUAUGUGUAUCUAUGCUAUGGGCUCCACAUGAUGCUCAAUAUUGUUGCCGACAUGGAGGGUGUUGGUGCUGCUGUUUUGAUCCGGUCAUGUUCUCCAGUUACUGGUCUUGAAACUAUUCAGCGGCGCCGAGGUCAACAAACAGAGAAACCAAUUCUACUUACAGGACCAGGAAAGGUUGGACAAGCUCUGGGCUUAUCCACUGAUUGGUCGAACCAUCCUCUUUACACACCUGGUGGGUUGGAAGUAUUGGACGGGCCAGAGCCGGAGGCCAUUCUGGUUGGUCCCCGCGUGGGCAUCGAUUACGCAUCUCCCGAGCACGUCGCGGCGCCGUGGAGAUUCGCCAUUGCCGGCACUCCGUGGAUUAGCGCCCCCAAAAAUACCCUUUGGCCACGCUGAAGACCUGGAGGUAGUACGGGAAAAGCAUGAGGAUGAACGAACAGAUGUCUCGCAAGAAACAGCUCGAGUCCAGUUUCCUUUUCCAAAACGUUCAUGUGUUUGUAUUUGUUCGAAAACAAAGGAUUCCCUUUAAUUGUACAGAAAGCAGCGAAACCAUCUACCUUCCAA